AUGGUGCGGCAUGCAUCCAACAGAACCAAGGUGGUGUUAGUGGCAUCCAAUCCAAAAUGGCGUUGUUGCAUCCAACACAAAAAUGGUGUUAGACGUUUCCAAAACCAAAAUGGUGUUGGACACAUCCAAAAUCAAAAUGGUGUUGGACACAUCCAAAACCAAAAUGGUGUUGGACACAUCCAAAACCAAAAUGGUGUUGGACACAUCCAAAACCAAAAUGGUGUUGGACAUAUCCAAAACCAAAAUGGUGUUGGACACAUGCAAAACCAAAAUGGUGUUGGACACAUCCAAAACCAAAAUGGUGUUGGACACAUCCAAAACCAAAAUGGUGUUGGACACAUCCAAAACCAAAAUGGUGUUGGACAUAUCCAAAACCAAAAUGGUGUUGGACAUAUGGAAAACCAAAAUGGUGUUGGACACAUCCAAAACCAAAAUGGUGUUGGACACAUCCAAAACCAAAAUGGUGUUGGACACAUCCAAAACCAAAAUGGUGUUGGACAUAUCCAAAACCAAAAUGGUGUUGGACACAUCCAAAACCAAAAUGGUAUUGGACAUAUCCAAAACCAAAAUGGUGUUGGACACAUCCAAAACCAAAAUGGUGUUGGACACAUCCAAAACCAAAAUGGUGUUGGACACAUCCAAAACCAAAAUGGUGUUGGACAUAUCCAAAACCAAAAUGGUGUUGGACACAACCAAAACCAAAAUGGUGUUGGACACAUCCAGAACCAAAAUGGUGUUGGACAUAUGCAAAACCAAAAUGGUGUUGGACACAUCCAAAACCAAAAUGGUGUUGGAUGCACCCAAAACCAAAAUGGUGUUGGACGCAUCUAA